CUUCUUCCUACUUCUGCCAAUGUCGUUUGUCAACAAGCUAGACCCCAGUUCAGCUGCAUUCAUACCUGACCCUAACGUCCAUUCUGAGGCUGUUACCGACUAUAUGGGUUUCUUCACAGACUUCUCAGCUAGCUUUCCUGACAUAGGAAUGAACGUCGACCCUUGCGUUCCAGAGCCGUGUCCUCAAAAACAAGACAACUUCCCAUCUGCGCAUCCCGCAGGCCAAAGGCAGCAUGAUCCUUCAGCCUUCGGCACGCCCGGCAUUACGCUAGAGAAGGUCCAGAUGGAUAUGUAUAUCGCAAUCAACUCGUUCAUACAACUUCAGAACGAGUAUCAAGCCAAAUUGGGGUGUGUAGAAAGAGAACUUGCAAAGAACGUGGAAGAAGCGUCCAACUUACGACAAGAUGUGAAUGUACUGUCGAACUGGGCCAAGGCUGUGCUUGAUCAUUUCCAACAGGAGGGAACCACAAAGGAUGCCAAGGUGGUGUCGCAAGAUCAGAAUUCUGUGCUUUGA